AUGCCUUUAAUAGACCUCACCCGGAAGGCUGCCCCAAAUAGUAUUCAGUGGACGGAGUUGUGUCAGAGGGCCUUUCAUGCUUUGAAGCGGAGACUGUGUAGUAAGCCAGUGCUGUGCAGCCUGGAUUUCAGCAGGCAGUUUACCCUGCAGAUAGAUGCAUCAGAGACAGGUCUCGAGGCAAGGUUGUCUCAGGAGGUGCGGGGAAGCGAGCACCCGGUCCUGUAUAUCAGCAGGAAGCUCUUUCCCCGUGAAAAGAACUACAGUACCAUCGAGGAGGAGUGUCUCGUGGAAGGCAUGGGAGUAUCUGCACCUUUAGACCAGACCGAGCCUGCGGAAGCACGACUAGUCCUGACUGUGGAUGAAACUGAAAAGGAAAACAAAACGAUUAGGCAGAGGAAAGAGUCUCAGAAAAGGGCGGAGGAUGAGAACGGAGAGGCCGAAGAGGAAGAAAAACAAGGCAGCCGGAGAGCAUGUGCGUGUUUCAGCUGUGUCAACGCUCCUAAAUACAAGGACGUCGAGUCGAUAAUAAAGAUUGAGGAGGUGGAUGGUUUGGAACUGGUGAGGAAAUUUGCUGAGGAAAUGGAGGAGAUGUUGGGCAGAAAAAUGAAAGCCGUAAAGAGGCUGGUAAAUGCCGCAGAGGAUGCUGACUUGUACCAUGAGUAUAAUGCGUCGUUAGAGUAUGAUUACUUCAACUCUGUGAAAGUCAAUGAGAGGGAUGACGAUGGUAACUAUGUGGAGCUUGGCGGUGAAUUCAUCUUGGAGUCCAACGAGCACUUCAAUGACCUGCCUGUCAACACCUCACUCAGCAACAUCCAGGUCCCCACCAACGUCUACAACAAAGACCCAGGCAUUCUGAAUGGGGUGUACAUGUCAGAGGCUCUGAACCCCCUGUUUGUGGAUAACUUUGAGAAGGACCCCACCCUUACCUGGCAGUACUUUGGCAGCUUUACAGGAUUCUUCAGGCUCUACCCAGGUAUUAAGUGGCAGCCAGAUGAGAACGGCGUUAUUGCUUUCGACUGCAGGAACCGGAAUUGGUAUAUCCAGGCUGCCACGUCUCCGAAGGACAUUGUGAUUGUUGUCGAUAUCAGCGGCAGUAUGAAGGGUCUAAGGCUGAGCAUCGCCAAGCACACCAUUACCACCAUCCUGGACACGCUGGGAGAGAACGACUUCGUCAACAUCAUUGCUUACAACGAUUAUGUCCAUUACGUUGAGCCUUGCUUCAAAGGGACGCUGGUACAGGCAGAUCUCGACAAUCGAGAGCAUUUCAAGCUGCUGGUGGAAGAACUGCAUGCCAAGGGAAUGGGAACAGUGAAGAAGGCUCUGAAAGAGGCCUUUGGCAUCCUCAAUCAGUUUAACGUGACUGGCCAGGGAAGCCUGUGUAACCAGGCUAUCAUGCUUAUCACAGACGGGGCGGUAGAGGAUUACAAGCAGGUGUUUGAAGACUACAAUUGGCCCGACCGCAAGGUCCGUGUCUUUACCUACCUGAUUGGACGGGAAGUGACAUUUGCUGACAAUGCAAAGUGGAUUGCCUGCAACAAUAAAGGCUACUACACUCAGAUCUCCACGCUGGCCGAUGUACAGGAGAAUGUGAUGGAGUACCUGCAUGUCCUGAGCCGGCCCAUGGUCAUCAACCACGACCAUGACAUCAUCUGGACAGAGGCCUACAUGGACAGUGCUCUGCCUAAGUCCGACGAGCUCUUUGCCUCUCAAGCCCAGAGUCUGUUCCUCAUGACAACAGUGGCCAUGCCAGUCUUCAGUAAGAAGAACGAAACCCGUUCAGAGGGGAUUCUGCUGGGGGUGGUGGGAUCUGACGUGCCCCUCAGAGAGCUGCUAAAGCUGGCCCCCAGGUACAAGCUUGGAGUCCAUGGCUAUGCGUUUCUGAACACAAACAAUGGUUACAUUCUCUCGCACCCUGAUCUGCGACCUGUGUAUAAAGAAGGGAAGAAACUGAAGCCCAAGCCAAACUACAACAGUGUGGACCUGGCCGAGGUGGAGUGGGAGGACACUGAUGAGGUUCUGAGGACAGCGAUGGUGAAUGGAGAGACAGGGGCUUUCUCCAAUGAUGUGAGGAUGCCAGUGGAGAAAGGCAGAAGAGUACUGUUCCUGACCAAUGAUUAUUUCUAUACAGUUAUCAAGGAGACCCCAUUCAGCCUGGGUGUCGUUCUCACCAGAGGGCACGGGGAAUACAUCUUCAUUGGGAACAUCUCUGUGGAAGAAGGCCUGCAUGACUUGCAGCAACCAGAUCUGACUUUACCUGACGAGUGGAUUUACUGUGUGACGGAUAUAGACCCGCACCAUCGCAAACUCUCCCAGCUUCAGGCUGUCAUCCGCUACCUCACAGGAGAGGAGCCGGAUCUGGAAUGUGACGACGAACUGGUACAGGAAGUGCUGUUUGAUGCUGUGGUUACCGCCCCUCUGGAAGCCUAUUGGACAGCUUUGGUUCUCAAUUCUUCCAACUCAGGGGACGGUGUUGAGCUGGCUUUCCUGGGCACUCGAGCCGGGCUGCUCCGGUUCAGCCUGUUUGUCGGCUCUGAGAAGCGUGUGAAUAAGAAGUUCCUGACGAAGGCAGACAAGGACAGUAUCUUCACCAUGGAUCACUUCCCCUUGUGGUACCGACGCGCGGCUGAGCACCCUCCAGGCAGCUUCAUCUACUACAUCCCCUACGAGGAGGGGUCCAGUAGUGUGAUCGCCAGCACAGUGGUGUCAGUCACGGUCAACAAAAAGAUGGCCAUCGCUGCAGCUGUAGGGAUUCAGCUCAGGCUGGAGUUGCUGGAGAAGAAGUUCUGGACAGCCACGAGACAGCCCAACAACACCGAUUGCAGCACAAUAGAUGGAAUGUGCCCUAUCAACUGUGAUGACGAUAAUCUGAACUGCUAUCUUAUUGACAACAAUGGCUUCAUCCUGGUUUCCAAGGACAAAAAAGAGGCAGCUAAGUUCCUUGGGGAGGUGGACGGCUCUGUGAUGCAGCAGCUCCUCAAUACAGGAAUGUUCAAACAAGUGAUGCUAUACGAUUACCAGGCAAUGUGUAAGAUAGGCCACCAUCACCACAGCGGAGCCAGACCCCUGCUCAGCCCUUUCUAUGGUCUGCUGGUGGCUCUCAAGUGGUUCCUCAGCAAUAUAUUCCUGUUUCUGGUGGAGUUUAAUUUCUGUGGGUUUUGGCAUUCGGACAGCAUCGUGGACGCUCACAAGCACAAGAAACAUGACAUGCUGCAGCCAUGUGACACAGAGUAUCCAGCCUUCGUGUACGAGCCCUCCGUCAAAGAGACCAACAGCCUGAUCGAGUGCGGGACCUGCCAAAAGAUGUUCGUGGUUCAGCAGAUCACUAACAGUAACCUGCUGCUGGUGGUGACUCAAGCCGACUGUGACUGCAGUCUCUACCCCCUAAUCACACUUGAACCACAUGAAGUCAAAUAUAACGCCUCAGUGAAGUGUGACAGGAUGCGCUCCCAGAAGAUCAGAAGGCGUCCAGAUUCCUGCCACGCUUUCCAUCCUGAGGAAAAUGCGCAGGACUGUGGGGGAUCCUCAGACAUGUCUCUCUCUUUGCCCCUCUUCAUACUGUCGCUCUGCUCCGUGGCUGCUGUGUUGCAGUGAUGUGAACCUCUUCGCAUUCUCUUCUGUUGAAAAACCAAUGGUAACAGAAAAGACAUUUUGGAAUGAACCUGUAAGGUUGUGGACAAAUAAGCCUCUUGGGUGUCUCAAGAUGGUAAAACGACUUCCAAACCAGAGACGAAAAAACUUGACAUUAUUCCACAGGCUUGUGAAUGCACUGUGUGGUCCCAUCCUGUCUAGAAAUACCAACUGAACAUGAUGUUGCUUAAAGUGGACAGCUUCUCAUUUCCUUGCGCUCCAUGUUAAGCUUUCCUCCAGCAGAUCAACAAUCAGACUUUGCUCUUUGAAGGAAUAUACAGUAAGCCUUAUAGUGGCUCUUGAAUCACGGUCUGAAAUGGAUUUACUAUUUUGAGGGUUGAGUCAGUAGAUUCUGCUCAGCUGUGUACUGGCAUGUGAAGAUGAAGAACUUUUAAUAUUCAAGCCACUGGUGGACUUUUAGACUUUUUUUUUUCCUUUAGAAUGAGCUGCCGUCAUAAACUAAAUAUCCUUUCAUUCCCCUAUGGAUUCUAGAGUUGAUGAGCCCUGUUUUCAAAUCAUACUACAGUUAUAGAAAUAGGAAUGGGAACAUUCUGAAACAGAAUACUAGGUCCAGUGUGUCCUGGUUUUCAAUUGUGUACAGGCUAUUAACCAAGAGGCAGGGUUAGCCAGCUUUGCUGACGCGACGUGUCUGGUGCAUCAUGAUUGUUUAUCAUUAUAGCUACUAUAUCUAAUGUACAAGCCAUUUUUAUAUACUGUGCAAGAAAUAAGAGCCAAAGGGUUCUUUAGGAA